GGGACGGGACGUUGUCAAAAUAACCGUCCUUCCUGACUGCUCGUCCUCUCACGAGCACCUCGAAAGCCGUACCUUUUUCAUUGACCAGCAACAAACAUACUUCUCUACGAUGGCACAAUUGCGAUCUCAGGACGACAAGCUCACUUCACUCGAUCAACUGCACCACGAGGAUCCACAACGACUACGUCCAGUCCACCACCGCACGCAGCGAAGCCUAUCUGACGACACGACCUUCGCCUAUACGCUCGAGGACGUGACCCAGCUCCUCACGCCAUUUAUGCGGUUAGAGAGGCGUUGGCUGCCAGAAGAACAUGAGGCUUUCCAGAGACUGUGGGGUCAGGAACACAACGCGUCCGCCAUUCGAUCCCUCCCGUGCUAGGCUAACGUUCUAAAGCCCUUUGGAUGACAUUGCACCACGCUAAUAUGGGGAGUGCUGCCCCGCCCGAAACGCGUGCUAGAAGUCAUAGGCUUUGAGGGUGGUAUCGGCGCCAUACUGCCCGGUUUGACCGAGUGUAGUACGGCGGAUGGACGCUGUCGACAUCUGCUAUGGGUUAGCGAUUGUGGAAACGAAUGACUUCCCUGUCAAUGCGGUGGGUGGCUUGUUGCCUUCUUGGG